AUGGCGCAACGAAGGUCUGCCUCCCACAGAGCGGAUGAGCGGGCCCAAUCAGACAAUCUCCUGGACAUUGACAACCCUCAACUGUUGACCUCGGAGAUGGCAAAGGCUUUUGAAGAGGUUGCACAGGCGGAAAAAACGGCUUCAGCGCUCGAGGCCAAGCUCGAUGGCAUCCACAAACAUCUUGACCAGCUCUUGGCCAGCUUCGAGGAGCUUGCUCAAUCCCAUCCGCGAAACCCAGCAUCAAACACUUCCGAGUUGAAGUAG